UUGACCUGCAACUCUGCAUAUAUACAUGAGCACAAUAGUGCUUCACAUCUGGUUCUAAGCAAUUACCUUGAAACUUCUUCCUUGUUUCUCAUCUUGAUAUCAUCAUCUUCACACAACCAACCAACGCCUAUUUCUUGAUUACUCUCAUUUCCUAGCGUCCUAUUUAUUUGUAAGCAAACCUCGUUGAUGAAGCAAAUUAACUAUCAAUUUUGAUGCUUCUUCAUCUUCAUCUAGCCUUCCUACUCAGAAAAAAAAAAUUGUCAUGGAGGAUAACCGCCAAAUCAUCAAUUUUGCUCCUUCUUCUUCAUCUUCAGUGAUGCCUCGAAAAAAAUAUGAUGUUUUUCUUAGCUUUCGCGGUGAUGAUACUCGUGACAACUUCAUCAGCCAUCUUUAUGAUGCUCUAAAAAAGGAAGUGGAGACCUACAUAGAUUACAGGCUUGAGAAGGGAGAUGAGAUCUCACAAGCACUCUUCAAUGCCAUACAAGACUCGCAUGUGUCUGUUGUCAUCUUCUCUGAAAACUAUGCUUCCUCCAAGUGGUGCUUGGAUGAGCUCACUAAGAUUCUUCAAUGCAAGAGGGAUCAUGGACAAAUUGUAAUACCUGUGUUCUAUAAAGUAGAUCCUUCACAUGUGAGGAAGCAGACAGAGACCUACAGGAAAGCUUUUGCAAAGCAUGAGCAAGAUCUCAACAUUAGUGAUGAUGACAAGUUGCAGAAAUGGAGACUUGCCCUCAGAGAUGCAGCCAACUUGGCAGGGUGGGACUCUCGGAAUAGGAAUGAAUCUGAUUUCAUUAAGGACAUUGUUAAAGAUGUUUUACAAAAACUGAAUAUCAGAUACCCAGUGGAAUUGAAGGGAUUAGUUGGAAUAGAAGAACACUAUGCAACUGUUGAGUCAUUAUUGAAAAUUGGCUCAAUAGAUGAGGUUCGAGUGAUUGGCAUAUGGGGCAUGGGUGGCAUAGGGAAGACCACAUUGGCGCAUGCUUUGUAUGCCAAGUUGUCUAUUGAAUUUGAAGGUCAUUGCUUUCUCAAAAAUGUAAGGGAACAAUCAAAAAAGAUUGGUUUAGAUGCUUUGCGCAGCACACUUUUUUCUGAGUUGUUAAGAGAAAAGAUCCUUCAAGUUGAGUCCCAUUAUGUAAUGAGAAGGCUUGCACGUAAGAAAGUUCUUAUUGUUUUUGAUGAUGUGGCUACCUCAGAACAGUUAGAUGAUCUUAUAAGUGAUUAUGAUAGUUUGGCACCCGGAAGUAGAGUGAUUGUAACAACUAGAGACAAACACAUAUUUAGCCAGGUGAAUGAAAUAUAUGAGGUCAAGGAAUUAAAUAACCAUGACUCUCUUCAACUUUUUUGCUUGAAUGCCUUCAGAGAAAAACAACCCAAAAUUGGAUAUGAAGAGCUAUUAGAAAGUGUGAUUGCAUAUUGCAAAGGCAACCCUUUGGCCUUAAAAGUCUUAGGUGCACGACUUCGAUCAAGAAGCAAAGAAGCAUGGCAAAGUGAAGUUAGAAAGCUGCAAAAGAUUCCAGAUGUGAAAAUUCAUAAUGUGUUGAAAUUGAGUUUCGAUGGCUUGGAUUGUACAGAGCAAGACAUAUUUCUAGACAUUGCGUGCUUCUUAAAAGGAAAUCAUAGAGAUGGUGUAACAAGUUUACUAGAUGCUUGUGGUUUCUUCGCUACUGCUGGGAUAGAAAACCUCUUAGAUAAGUCUCUUAUAACUAUUUCAGAAGAUAAUGUAAUACAAAUGCAUGACUUGAUACAAGAAAUGGGUUGGGAAAUUGUCCGUCAAGAUAGCAAAGACCCAGGAAGAAGAAGUCGAUUGUGGAAUCCUGACGAAGUGUAUGAUGUAUUGAAAAACAAUAAGGGAACUGAAGCAGUGGAAGGCAUAGUUUUAGAUGUGUUUGAAAUUAAGGAUCUACCUUUGAGCUCUAAUUCUUUUAUAAAAAUGAGUGAAAUGAGAAUUCUUAAAUUCUAUUCUAGUAGGUGGAGUCAAGAAUGUAAGAUAUACCUUCCUAAUGGUCUUGACGCUCUGUCUGACAAAUUGAGGCUCCUUGAAUGGCCUGGAUACUGUUUGGAGUCUUUGCCAUCAACCUUUUGUGCUGAAAAACUUGUUAAGCUUGUCAUGCGACGCAGCAACCUUAAAAAGCUUUGGAAUGGAGUUCUGAUCUACUCUCUAAGGUAUAAUGUAACUGAUGUGAAGUUUCUCAUGCUAGGCUUGGUGUUAGCCAUUAAAAAGUUGUACAUAUCAAGAUUGUUUUGUAGGCUGGAAGACCAUUUAAUUGGCUUUCUAUGUCAAAUUUUGAGAAAUUAUAGGCUCUACAAAAGUGAGGUUGUUGCUAAAUCUUACAAAGGGGUUCAUUCCUUUCGAAACAUAAGAAAGAUAUAUGAAGUUACAUAUGACACAUUCAAGGACGCGUGUUAUACGAUGAACUUACUUGAAGAUGAUAAAGAAUACAUCGAUGAAGUAAUAGAAGCUUUGCAUCUCGUUGUGAAUUUAAAGGAAAUUGACCUUACAUGCUCCAAAGACCUGGUUGAGCUCCCAGACUUAACUCAUGCUACAAAUCUUGAAGUAUUACGUCUUGAGGAGUGUAUAAGUUUGCGUGAAGUUCAUCCAUCCAUUUUAUCUCUCCCCAAGCUUGAGAGUUUGAAUUUACAAGGCUGCACAAAGAUUGAAUGCCUUGAAACUGAGGUCCAUUCAAAAUCUCUUCGCAUAAUCCACCUCCAUAACUGCUCAUCCCUGAAGAAAUUCUCAGUCUUCUCUAAGAAAUUGGAGGAAUUGUGGUUAGAUUGUACAGUCAUCCAAGAACUACCCUCGUCAAUUUGGCGUUGUGAGAAACUUGAGAGUUUGUGGCUAAUGGGAUGUGACAAUCUUGAGAGUUUUGGGAUAGAGAGCAAGUCAUCUCAUGAUCCGGUAAAUGCAUCUCUUCAAAUUCUAGAUCUUUCUGGGUGCAAAUUAGUGAAUGAAUCCAAUCUAUGUUUAAUCCUUGAUGGUGUGCGGUCUUUAUCUGACUUGUAUUUGGAAGAUUGUUGCAACUUACGAGCACUCCCUGACUCCAUUGGCUCGUUAACAUCAUUAGUGGAGUUACACCUAAGUGGGAACAAUAAUGUUGAGAUGUUGUCUCCAAACAUCAAGAACCUUUUGAAGUUGAAAAGUCUUUAUUUAGUCAAUUGCAGGAAACUUGUGUCUCUGCCAGACCUUCCACCUUCCCUGAAAAGGUUAAGUGCCGUUAACUGCACAUCUCUGGAGACCAAGUUCAGUACUCAAUUGUUGUCGGUGGUAAAUACAGAUGAUCGUGGUGGAUAUGUUAUGGUCCCUGGAUCCCAAGUUCCUGACAUGUUUAUGUUUCGCGGUGAAGGGGAUUCAAUAACUUUUCCGCAACUUCCAAAUUCUAGAAACAUAUGCCGCUUUACUUGUUGCAUCAUUCUUCCUUAUCUACCGCAGAGCCGUGGAACUCUGCGAUAUCGGAUCAACAAACAUCCCACAUUAUACGAUGAUGGGUUUCUUUUGUUUUGUCCUUACGGUGACACUUCCAUUUCGGAUCAUCUGGUUCUUUUCUCAAUCCCAAUUGACAGAUUUGAUUCUUUAGAGUGUGAUCCUAACAACAUAACAUUUGAAUUCGGGCAUCUAUAUUCAAAUGAUACGAUUGAAAUAAAGAGGUGUGGGGUCAUUCCAGUAUAUGCUUCUCAAUAUCAACAACAACUGACUAUUCCAAUAGAGCAGUGUGGCUCUAAGCGAAAAGCACCAAGUUUCAAGAAGGAGGAAAGUUCAAGACCUGAAAAGCAUAUUAUCCCCUUUGACACUCCAAGUGCUUCCAAUAACGAUUUAAAUCAAACUAUUGAAGUGUCAGAGGGAAAAGACUUGUCCAACAAUCAGGUGGACAAUUGUUCUGAGCUGGUCCUGUUUGCGAAAUCACAUACUCUCAUGGAGAUUGACAAUCCAGAUUGGGAUCCAAUUGGGGAGGUUGAUAGCAUAUUAAGUGAUAGUUAUAAGGUGUCUCCCAUGUCUACACACUCAACAUGUAUUUCAGAGCCAAAUGCGAAAGUUAUCCUUGCAAAGUUAGAGACCCUUUUGGAGACCUCCCUUGAAAUUAUCUCUUCAAAUGAUGAAGUCAAGCAACAAUUCCAUCAUGUUUUGGAACAACUUGGCCGAUUUGAAGCUGAAGUCCCUGUCAGGCUUCAUCCUGUAAUUUGCAAGUUGAAGACUUUGAUAGAAGGUUUUGAUUUCAGAUUUGCAACCUCUCAAAAAACUAUCCAAGAUUAUGAUCAGCUUCUCCAGUCAAGGUCUUCUAUGACAGACCAAUUGCGAAGUGUCAAAGUCCAACAGGACCAAAUCAAGGCAAAAGUCACUGAGCUUAAAAUGAAAAUUGAAAACAUAAAUUCUGAGAUUGGGGAGCAAGAAAAAGAAUCAAGUGUUCUGGAUGAGGCUAGAGAGAAAUUGAAAAGAGAGUUGGACCAUUAUGAUGCUGAAAGUAGCAAGCUAAAGAUUCAGGUUGCGCAGUGGGUGCCAGAAUGCAAGACUAUCUUCACAGAUUUGAAGAACUCUGAGCCGGAUUACAAAGUGGCUGUAACCAACAUAAAAAAAUAUGAAGAUGAAUGGGCUCUGGUUAAAAAGAACUUUGUUGCCAAUGAGUUUUGAUGGCCUCUCAGCAAAAGCUUUCUGUGUUGACAAUGUAUUUGUGGUUAUGUUUGAUGUUGAUUUGUAAAUCUUUGCAAUUUAUCAGCUUGUUUUAA